AAAAGUUUUCUCUCCCUCGCUCUCCUGCCGACCCUGCUCUUGUAUAAAAGAAAGGGAGACCAGGCCAGGUCUCUACACACUCCGCACGCCGGCCACAGACGCAGUCCCUAUUUCCACCCAUCUAUCCGCAGCCUCAGCAAGACAGGCAUCGCUUGCAUAGCAGGCAGCCAGACGAACAACAACCAGGUGAGUAGGGUAUAUGUUGCAAAAGCCCUCUCUCUUUUUUCUCUCCUUUUUCUUUCCCUUUUUCUCUUUUUGGGGGUUUUUUUUCUCCUUUUUUGUUUUUACAGACUUUACCGUUCGUAGACUGAGAGGAGCAGGCUUUGGGCAUAGGCUAGCUAGACCUACACCACCAAGGCCUACUACAUUAGGCAUAUCCGUCCAGCCCAUUUUUGCCUCCCCACACUUGCGGUGCCCUGCCCUGCCCUGCACCACACAUAACUCACUGCAGCCACCCACCACUGCUCCAGUGCUCAAUCCACCCGCGCACUACCAAACCAUUCCCACUACCACUACCACUACCUACUUAUACUACUGCCCAUACCGCUGUCGUCCGCUACCACCACUACUUAACGCCAUUCGCUUCACUUGCCACGCGCUAUACACGAUACGCUAUAGACGCGCUAUAGGUAGUUGCCGUGCCCUAUCUGAUUAUUAACUUGUCGUCACGGGAAGAAGAAAAAAAAACCCCUACAAAUUCCCACAUUCCCGCUCCUAGGUCCAUCCUCUCUCCUCCUCCCUUUCUUUGCUUCUCCCCUGUUGCGGAACCCUCGCCCUCAACCACCCCCCCAAUUCCAGACACGCCGGUUUGCACUUCGUCAUCAGUGUCGCCAUCUCCUGG